AAAAACAGCCUCUCUUUUUGGACUAGAAGAACAAGUCGUGGAUCUAUUACAACUGCUCCCUUACCAUGACCACAGCCAUCAGAACCGGAAUUAUUGGGAGUGAUCGGGGGAGAAAUUCUUGUUUUGGGGGCGAGUUUGAGGACGAUUUGAGGGGGUGAAGGGAAAGAGGAGGCUUGGUGGAGGAAAUGUGCUAGAUCCAUUGUUUUCGUUGGAGGUUAAUUGGAAGGGGGAAAGAAGCGAUAGGCUGGCAUUUGAGGUGUAUAGAUGUGGAUGAGGAGGGAGAGGAGAUGGAGGAGGUGGAGGAUGUGGAAGAGGUCAAGGGGUGGUCGUUUGUCGAUGAGCCCGAGGAAGAUGAUUCUGCAGAUGGGGAUUGGGAUGAUGAGAUGGAGGGGAUUGAUGAUCAUCUCUCUACACACUCGAGUGAAGAGAUGGAUGAUACUGAUGACCUGGUCUCCACAGACUCUGGAUCAAGGUCUCGAUGAUGCUGAACUAGUCGAACUAGCCCAAAAGAAUCCGCAGAAGAAGCACUGGAACGGGGAAAAAGCAGACUCACUCGUCAG